GGCGGGGUUUGUUUGAGUGUCAAGUUUUCAUUGAUGCUUCAACAAGAAUCUCUUAGUUUUUCCGAUGACAGUUGGAAAAGAAUGAAUUGGACGGCGAUUUGUAGCAAAAUGACAAAUUUCAGAAGACAUUCACAAAAAUUCCCAAUGAUGAGUUCAUACAAUCGUAUGUUAGUGCAUCGUGUUGCAGCGUUUUUUGGUCUAGAUCACAACGUCGAUCAAAACGGCACAGCUGUUGUUGUGAAUAAAACGAAACAGACAAGAGUGUUCGUUGAUUGUUUAUUAAAUUCAUUAUCACUACACACAUUACUACUACUAUUCUUGUGUAUUAAUUCAGAAAAAUGGUGUGGUCGUGAAUGCUUGAAUGAAGAAUUAUUAUUCAACCGACGUGCGCAUUCAUUCGAAAUUGGUGACUGCAGAGAGCGGAUGAUAUCGAAUGUGAAAUCUCAGUUACCUUAUAAUAGUAACCAAUUGCAU